CACUAGUUCGUGUUAGUUUCUUGCUUAGUCGUGCUCCAACACUUGAACAAUUAGUUGAUUGUGUAGUUCAUUACUGUUAAACGUUGUUGGUCUUCUUCACCUAGAAUCAAAUGUGACUAACACCAAUGAAGUACAACUACAAAAGGGACAAGAGGUCCAUUUGAAGCAGUCAACACCAUCUAAAUAUAUACCAGAAGUGGAAACAGAGGCUAUGGAGUUUCCAUCAAUUGCGCCUGUUUCAGAGUUAUGCAAGGUUGUUGGACGUUGUCUAGAAUCCGGAGAGAGUAGUACUUGUGCCGGUAAAGUAGAAGUACAAAAUGGACAAGAGGUUAACUUGAAUCAGUCAACACGGCAAAAUUUACCAGAAGUGCGAGGAGAGGCCAUGGCUUUUCCAUCAAUGCCAUGCGUUUCCGGAUUACAUAUGGAAUGUGUGGAGCCAUCAUCAGAGUGCCAUAAUUCGGAUAAAUUUGCAAGUGGCAAUGUAAGUUUUCCAUCAGUCUGCAACUUUAAUCUAUUUUUUGUUUUCGUUCAGAUUUACUUUAAAUGACAUGGAUAUAUAACUUAUUUGACAGGAAGUUGAAUUGAUGAAGAGAAAUAAGAUAUUGGAAGCUGAAAAUAUAGAAUUGAGGAAAGAAAUAGAGGCUUUAAAAUUGGAAAACAGAUGAAUGAAAAUGCAGAUUUAUUCCGCUAAUGAUUUGGUGUCUCGACUAGAGGGGCUUGUAAUGAAUGAGACAUACUAAUCACUAUUUAGAUAGGAAAUAUUUACCCUAAUGCUUUUAUUCAUUUUU